UUAGAAAUAAAUAUCAACAAGCUCUAAUACUCAUCAACUUUAACUGCAACAUUCUAUAAUGGCAUUACGUAACCUUUUUGUGCUGGGUUUGUUGCUUCUAGUUUGCCUCUCUAAUCUGAUGCAGGUUUCAUCUGAUCAUGAGAUAGAAAUGGAAGAAGAAGAUGAAGAACUGCUGCUACCUAAUGAGUUGCUUACUGUGCGAGACGGCAACAGAAAGCUAAUGCAAGACAUAGAUUGUGGAGGAUUGUGCAGUUCGAGAUGCAGUGUACAUUCAAGGCCAAACUUGUGUAACAGAGCAUGUGGAACUUGUUGUGUGAGGUGCAAGUGUGUUCCACCUGGUACUUCUGGUAAUAGGGAGCUUUGUGGGGCUUGUUACACUGAUAUGACUACCCAUGGCAACAAGACCAAGUGUCCUUAGGGCUUCUCAAAGAACAUUUAACUUGGGCCUUACUUGUUUGUUACCAACUAGUGUAGUUGUUCAGUAAAUGGUGUGUGUGUGUUUUGGGUUUGAAAAAAGAGGUACUUCUGCUGUUGUUGUUGUAGUAUGUUAUAUGUUUGUAUUGUAGGGCUUUGUCUGUUAUUGUAGUAAGUAUGAAUCAAAUGUAAUGUAUAAAAUGUGGUUUUUAAGGUCGUUUAAUAUAUAAUAUGGUGCAUUACAUUUCAGCUUCA